GAUAGCAGAGAUGGCUGAAUUUGUCAAAAGCUUGGAUCAGAAGCAUCUCGUGACCAUUGGACUUGAGGGCUUUUAUGGUGUGGAGAAAGCUGGAAACGUUGGAUUGAACCCAGGGAAAUGGGCUGCAUCACUUGGAGUGGACUUCAUUGAGAACUCGGAUAUAGAAAACUUUGAUUUUACUUCCAUUCACAUACCCCCACAGUUGGAUCAAAGGUGGAAUAAAUUCAGACGCGCGAGUAGAUUUUCUAUCUCAUUGGGUUGAUUCUCACAUUAGUGAAGCUGAAAAGAUUCUUAAGAAACCUGUUCUCUUCACAAAAGUUGGUUUUCCUUCGAGUAUACAAAAGAAUGGAU